UGACCCAUGCAUUGUACUGACAAUAAAACCUUACAAGGGUUAAUCGCACCCCCUCCCCUAUAUAGAGGCCGAUCCCCUCAUCCUGUGAUUUCUCCUUUGGGGAUUAUUUUUAUGUAUUUUUGUGUUUUUUACUUUAAUAUUAUUUUAUCUUUGCUCCUGGUGAGAGAAGGGUUAAUAUAUUGUCUUGUUUCUGCUGCUGUUUGUGUUAUUCCGCCAUCUUUACUCAUUUCCUAUAUCUCCGCCCAGUUGGCCCCCAGCUAGAAGCCCCGCCCUCCUGUCCUUGUGGCCCUAUUCCUGUUAUGUCUUUACCUCUAAUAUGUCAGGUUCUUCUUCUCCUUCUGGUUCUCUCCCCGCGGUGUCCACAUGUCUCCCCGGCCGCCGCCAUCUUGUAGAAGGAGGUUUAUGGAGAACUGGGCCGACUCCUCUGUGGAUCCAGGCUCUAUGGUGGGGACGGGCUGCACCUCAAUAGGUUUCUCCAAUCCAGGAUCCUCUGCUGAUAUCUUCUAUAUAAGAGAAUUCUCCUGGAUGACCCAUCAACCAUGGAGAGAGACAGGAACAAGAUGGCCGACAGGAUCAUAAACCUCACCCUACAGAUACUCUUCCGGCUUACUGGAGAGGAUUACACAAUAGUGAAGAAGUCCUCUAGUGGGCGCUGUCGGGCCCCUGUGUGUGAACGAUGGGGAAGAACCCUGAGCCCAAUCCCGGGGCCCCCACCUCACUCCCUGAUACAUGAGGAAAUGGAUGAACAGAAGAUCCUAGAACUCAUCAACAAGAUGAUGGAGCUGCUGACUGGAGAGGUUCCUAUAAGGUGUCAGGACGUGGCGGUCUAUUUCUCCAUGGAGGAGUGGGAGUAUUUAGAAGGACACAAGGAUCAGUACAAGGAUCAGGUGAUGAUGGAGGAUCAGCAGCCCCUCACAUCACCAGUCAGAUCCAGUAAGAGAACAGCACCAGAGAGGUGUCCCCGUCCUCUUCUUCCACAGGAUGAUCAGGGUGAAGAUCCGAACAAUAUUAGUGCUCCAGGGACAGAUGUGAGCAGUGAUGAGCAGUAUAAGGAGGACAUUCAUACAGGGAAAGAUCUGAACAAUAUUAAUGCUACAGACGUAAAGGAAGAAGAAGAGACUGAUGUGAGCGGUGAUGAGCAGUAUAAGGAGGACAUUCCUACAGAGAAAGAUCUGAACAAUAUUAAUUCAACAGAUGUAAAGGAAGAAGAAGAAGAGACUGAUGUGAGCGGUGAUGAGCAGUAUAAGGAGGACAUUCCAACCAGGAAAGAUCUGAUCUUUAGUAAUGCUACAGACAUAAAGGAAGAAGAGACAGAUGUGAGCGGUGAUGAGCAGUAUAAGGAGGACAUUCCUACAGGUAACCACCCAGAUUCUUGUAGCAGGAGAUCAGAGGAGAAUCUUAUAUCUUCAGAUUAUAAAGCAGAUGAUGAUAUCACACAAGAUACAUAUGAAGAACAUUCCAUUAUCCCAGAUACACCCUCAGCCCUUCACAGACAAGAUCUGUCAUCUCAUCCUUAUAUACAGGUCCUGUCUUCUCAGUCAUCACAGAAAGGUCACAGAAGGGGUGUUGGACAUCAACAAGCUCAUACAGGAAAGAAAUCAUAUUCAUGCUCAGAAUGUGGUAAAUUUUUUCCUUUUAAAUCAGGUCUUGUUGUACAUCAAAGAACUCACACAGGAGAGAAGCCAUUUUCAUGUUCAGAAUGUGGGAAAUGUUUUACUUUUAAAUCAAGUCUUGUUCAACAUCAAAGAACUCACACAGGGGAGGAGCCAUUUUUAUGUGCAGAGUGUGGAAAAUGUUUUACUGAGAAAUCAAUUCUUGUUAAUCAUCAAAGAACUCACACAGGGGAGAAGCCAUUUUCAUGUGCAGAAUGUGGGAAAUGUUUUACUGACAAAUCAAGUCUUUUUAAUCAUCAAAGAACUCACACAGGGGAGAAGCCAUUUUCAUGUGCUGAGUGUGGGAAAUGUUUUACUAAGAAAUCAAAUCUUGUUAAUCAUCAAAGAACUCAUACAGGGGAGAAGCCAUUUUCAUGUGCAGUGUGUGGAAAAUGUUUUACUGAGAAAUCAAGUCUUGUUAAACAUAAACGAACUCACACAGGGGAGAAACGAUUUUCAUGUGCAGAGUGUGGGAAAUGUUUUACUGAGAAAUCAAGUCUUGUUAAUCAUCAAAGAACUCAUACAGGGGAGAAGCCUUUUUCAUGUGCAGAGUGUGGAAAAUGUUUUACUGAGAAAUCAAAUCUUGUCAAUCAUCAAAGAACUCACACAGGGGAGAAGCCGUUUUCAUGCGCAGUGUGUGGAAAAUGUUUUACUGAGAGAUCUAAUCUUGUUAAACAUGAAAGAUCUCACACAGGGGAGAAGCCAUUUUCAUGUGCAGAAUGUGGGAAAUGUUUUACUCAGCAAUCACAUCUUGUUAAACAUCAAAGAAGUCACAAAGGUGAGAAGCCAUUUUCAUGUUCAGAAUGUGGAAAAUGUUAUGCUGAGAAAUCAGGUCUUGUUAAACAUCAAAGAACUCACACAGGAGAGAAGCCCUUUUCAUGCUCAGAAUGUAGAAUAUGUUUUACUCAGCAAUCACAUCUUGUUACACAUGAAAGAACUCACAAAGGAGAGAAGCUAUUUUGAUAUUCAGAAUGUGGAAAAUGUUAAACUGAGAAAUCAGUUGUGUAUAUGUAGGGGGCUCAGCUGGUAUAAUCAAUGUAUGGGGUGCAAACAGAAUGUAAACCGUACUAUAUCAAUGUUCCAAUUUGAGGGGUGUCAGACAUUUCAGUUUAUAGCAACCUCUGGCCAGCAAUCCUUUUAUAAAUAUUAACAAAAUUGAUGUCAUGUAUUUUCUUUUUUAUUUAUACGACAUUCUUGAUUUUACAUUGUAUAUAGAUCAUAUGAUUUUCUAGGCACCUACAUUUGAGGAGCCAUCUAUCCCCUGUAGUAGAAUAAUAUCCUUUAGCAACCGAUAAAUAUUCUAAAAUAUUUAGUUGCCUCCCUGGUAUCUACAAGAACCAUUGUGAUUAUAUGUAUAAUGUUAAUUAUAAAAAGUUGUACAUAAAUGAUCCUGUGGUUUUAGUACAGAAUAGGUUUCCACAUGUACACGUUUAUAUUUACGCUCUUGUUGACUAUAAUGUAGUUGUUUAGGAUGUCAUUCUUUGAAUGAUUUUUGUGGUAUGGUUAUAUAUAUACCUUUUUAUAUAUGCACGUUUUAUAUGCAUGCACUUAUUUAAUAUAAUGGAAUUUAUGGAGUGAUUAUUAUGGUGGUUAUUUAUUGUUAUGUAUGGAUGCAGUACUUAAGUAUUAAUUGUAUUAUACUAGGAUUUGGGGGUGUAUGUGUGUUUAAGGUACUUAUAUUCGUUCAACUCAUACUUUGAUUGUAUAUACUUACAUUGAGUACAACUUUUCCCCUAACAGAGAUGGCCGCGAUCUCUUUGAGCGCAAGCGUAUAUUGUAUUCGGCUGGAAUAGUAACACAUACUAUUUGCGCGUGCGCUUGCGCCUGUUGUCCUUUGGAGCGCAUGCGCGAAGGAUCAACUGUGAGAUAUAUGUGCUUGCGCCCGUGGUAACACAAGGCGCAUGCGCUGUAGUGACAUCCUUAAUAAGACUGGCCAGAUAAUGACCAGCACAGAGUGAUCACGGCAUCUAUGACUAAAUCAUGGGUGGACCUACGCGCGGUCACGUGACAUUGUGCGAUCUACUUUACUAUUUAUAAUUUUCACUGUGGGUAAUGGUUACGGUGUUGUAAGGUUGAAGCAUUAUUUAUACACUAUUUCCAGGAGGAUAAUAAACUUGUUUAAGGGUAUUUUGAGGUACUGACCAGAGUUGAUGUCAUGUGACCUAACAGGAACUAAACGCAUGCACCGGAAGACAUUGAUACACGUGUUAUGCGUGAGGGGGGGGGAUGGUCUGUGCAUCGGUUCUUCAGCUGCAACUCAUCUACACACAUACAAAAGGUGGGUUAUUCUGCUAGGACAUCACUUCCCUGAGGAAGUUGCCGUGAGCAACGAAACGCGUGGGUUCAUGUGGAGUGCGCGCUGAUUUUUUUUUGUACCUACCGCACUGCACUGACUGAUCUUCAUCCAGGUUUUCUUGUCUUAUAGGAUGGAAUCUGUGCGUACUCUAGUAGCUUAUACCUAGGCACUGGUCACUUUAUUAUUGUUCUUUGGAUAUUACAUAAUCCUGAAUAUAGGUACAAGGUUGCUAGGGGUCAUACAUAUAUUAUUGUUUGACAGCAAUGUCAUUAGUUUUUUUGUAUUCUGUUACAUCUGCCGUGCUCCAGGAGGGAGAGCGUCUGGCCUCCUCCAGUGUUUGCCUGUGGGGUCCCUUGUUUAGGGAACUUUUAAUUGUGUUUAGAUGUUUUGUAUGUAAUGGUUACCUUUUAAUAAAGCAUGUCAU